AUGUUGGACCGCAGCCUCAGGCUCAAGCGGCCACAUGUAACUGAUCCACAGAAACCGAACGUUAUUUUCUCAUCUAACAUCCCCCUCCGUGUGGCCAACUGUGUGGCCGAAAUGCACCUAUUUCUUGGAGGGAAAACAAGCAGGCUUGUGGAUGUGGCUCCGAGUGUAGGUGAGCUCGAAGUAGUACUAGAAGUCAAUACUUUACUACUGAGAAAUUGUGCAUUAACGCCGUUCGAAUUGGUGCGUCGCAACCUUGUUUUCGUUGCCAAUGCUAAGAAUCCAUAUACCAAGGUUGCCAGCGGGGUAGGCAAUGGCUCCGCAGAGGUCUUCGACUCAGCAGGAUUCACCGGAGUAUGGAAAGAGAUCUUCGCCCAGAAAUCUCCGUCUGAGGUGUUCGUGGCCAGUUUUCGUCUAACGUUAGACCACCUAACAAUAGACUUGGCUGAAGCUAGAAACAUGAACGUGGAAUUUCGUCAAGACGAGUAUUACGAGCUGCUAGCGAAGUGCGAUGACACUAUAAUCACAGAGGUGAGCACAUACCUCCGGCACCGUCUUUUGGCCGAGCUUAAAAACAACACAGACAUUUCAACAGACAUUGCCAACUCCAACACCAUUCUUCAAGAGCUGCCGUUCAACGAACUGGCAUCGCUGAUCAAAAACAUGCAGAGCAGGAACCUUUUCACCUUGGAGUCGUCGAGUUUUAUCGAUACCACCAUCGAGGGGAUAGACUCACUAAUAGAAAAGCAGAUUGUAUUUGAAGAGGACGAUUUCGAUCCAUCAGGUGAUGAAAUCAAGGUGCUUCACUCAGACGAUAGUGGGAAGUGCACGGCAAAUGAAGAUGAAGAUGAGCCUGUCCCAGGUCGUACUUCAAGAAUCAAUUCUGUUUCUCUUGAGGACAUUGAAGAGAUUCUUAAUGGAUCUUCCGAUUAUGAACUCAAAGAUGACAUCGAGGAUUUCAAUGGCUACUAUGGACAUGAUGAAACAAACCACCACCAAACAUGCUCAUCAAUUGGUCACAAUGAAAUCGGGCACUUCAAUCUCAGUCACAGAGAUACCAAUCAAGAUGUUGCUAGUCACAAAAAUCCCAAGGAUAAAGACACAAAUCUCAAUGACAACUCUAAUGAAGUCAUUCAUGUUGGUAAUCAAAACGGCUCACCUAAGCUAGACAAUACUUCUGACAAGAGCUUGGACGAUGACAAAAAGGAAAGUGCCGUUGCAUCAACCGCUACUGACACCGAUCAAGGCAUCAACAGGAAUGCUUAUAUUGAGGCAGAAGUGGAAGAUGAAACGAACUUUGUUUCCGACAUACACAACUUACGAGACAAUGACAGGGCUGAAAUUGAUGUUUAUUCUCAGGAAGAUGAGGACCUUAGCUAUGAAGUGGAGGAAAUUAACAUUGAUGACUACACCCCAGACCAUUACCAAGACGAUGCUUUGGAACCGUGCAUGCCCACAAAAUCGGCUCCGCUGAUCCUUAAUGAAAGCUCGCGGAUUAACACUCCUCAAACUUCGCCAUUACGACCCGGACCCAGUGGUCUUAUUUCCCCCAUUCACCCAGGCCAUGUGGUGCUUAGGCAAGCGUCGACUCCGGAGAUGCAGGUGCGUAAGAAGUCGUCAUUUGCCUACAUCACGAAUGAUGAUAACUCUGAUCUUCAAUUUGCAUUCCGCAAUAACUCAGAUGAAGUUCCCUCGUUCAUUAAAGAGAACAAGAAGUUCAAAUUCAUCAAGGUCGGAAAGGUGCAGAAGUUUGUCAGCUUGUUCGAGGAACAAAUGGAUAAGGAUACCACAAUCACUGGCGGUAGCAACGUUGGAAGUCGAGUCACCACCAGACCUGGCAGUCCACUCAAGAAAGGUGGCUAA